GAGGAUCUGACCGCCCAGAGAUCUCAGCAGAGCCCCGAGCCCCGAGCCGUCGAGCUGUCGCUUCCGCCUUCCGCGCCAUGGACUGGGACUGGGACUGCAGCUGCGGCUUCCGGGUCUUUGCGUCCAAGGAGCAAUGCCCCAAGUGCAGCGCCUGGAGGAGCAACAAGAAGCACAAGGGCUCCAAGAAGAGCAAGGGCGUGAAGCACCGCGAGAUGCGGAAGCGGCGGAUGUUGGAGUCCGGGGCAUGGGACUGCCGCUGCGGGCACCUGAACUACUCCUGGCGCAAGAGUUGCGGCCAGUGCUCGGAGGAUCGGGCGGAGGCGGAAGCGGAGGUAGAGGCAGAAGUGGAUGGCGGAGAGGGGGUCGCCCCCGUCUUCGAAAAGCGGCACCCCUGGUCCAAGGCUGAGCCUGGCGACUGGAACUGCCCCCAGUGCGACGCCGAGAACCUCUCGGACCGCGCAACCUGCUUCUCUUGUGGCGCCUACAAGCCGGAGAGGAGGGCGGGGGAUUGGGACUGCGCCUGUGGGCUCCUGAACUACGCGGACCGCGACAGCUGCUUCAGCUGCGGGGUGUUUCGGGAGGAAGCGGGCGAGUUGGAGAGAGAGGAGUUGGAGGAGCCGGAGCAGGAGGAGGAGGAGCCAGACCCCGAGGCCGAGGAGGCCGAGGAAAACGAGGCCGAGGCCGAGGAGGCGCUGGAUCUCAGCAUGCGGCCUCCGGAGCCGCAGCUCCCGCCCAGGUCCGCGCGGCCUACGGUUAAACCCGCGCCGACGCCGGUGCCGGCGCCGGUGCCGAAGCCGAAGCCGAAGCCGGCGACGAAGCCGGCGGUGAAGCAGCGCCCAAAGCCGGCGCCGAAGCCGGCGACGCCGGCGACGAAGCCCAUGGUGCCUGCGACGAAGCCGGCGCCUAUGGUGCCGAAGGCCAAGACCAAGGCGGCCGCCGCCCCAAACGCGGCCCCCGCGCGCAUCCCGCCCGGCGCGGGAGGCAUCAAGGGCUCCGCCGGCUCCGCCUCGGCGGCUCCCGCCGCGCCCGGCGGAGAGGCCAUCAAGGCCCUGUCGCGGGCGUCGCAGAACUUCAAGAAGUCCUGGAUGCAAUACUGCAAGAGCUUGGACUGCAAAAUCCUGGACCCCGGGCAAUGCGAGCCCAAGCUCAUCGAGCAGUUCUUGGACUACACGGCGGACCUCAUCCUCGCGGAUCUGGAGCCGCCGCUGGGUGACACGCAGCGAGUCACUGUGACCAUCCCGUGCUCGGUCGCGGAGCGGGUCAAGAGACUCAACCAGCUCGGGCUGAAGCAGGAUCUGCGACUGCAGCAGGUGGCCACUCACUUGUUGGUGCUCGAGGAGCAGAAGGCGCUCAAGGUGCUGGGCAUGCUGGAACUGGUCUACCAAGAGGUCUCAGACCCCAACGAGUUCGUGCGCACCCAAGCGCUGCUCAUGAAGUAGGGCUGGCCCAAACAGGGAGUUGUCAAGACGAUAC